AGUUCUCCCGCCAGGGACUGAGUUUUUCCCUACGUCAGCGCGAUUUCACCCGAGCGCGAUGUCGGGGUGAGCUCGGACUCAGCCGAGUUGCGUCAGAGCCGAGCGCGUGUUCGUCCCCGGGCGCGCGCACCCGGGCCAGCGCGGAGGCCCCGGCAGGGCUGGGGAGUGAUGGAGCAGGCGGAGGCAGAAGUGAGCGAGUGCUGAGGGGAACCUGCGGAAUCCGCGGAGAUGAGAUCGGGCGCGGGCUCGCCCUUUGGGACUCUCCGCCUCCAGUGGCUGCUGGUGUUGGGCUUUGUCGGCCCAGUCCUCGGUGGGGUGCCGCCAGGUUUGCAGCAGAUCUCACAUCUCUCUUCUUAUGAAAUUAUAACUCCUUGGAGAUUAAUUAGAGAACGAAGAGAAGCCCCUAGGCCCUAUUCAAAAGAGGUAUCUUAUGUCAUUCAAGCUGAAGGAAAAGAGCAUAUUAUUCACUUGAAAAAGAACAAUGACCUUUUGCCCAAAGAUUUUGUAGUUUAUACCUACAACAAAGACGGGGCUCUGAUCUCUGACUAUCCUGAUACACAGAAUCAUUGUCAUUAUCGGGGCUACGUGGAGGGAGUUUAUAAUUCAUCCAUUGCUCUUAGUGACUGUUUUGGACUUAGAGGAUUGCUGCAUAUAGAAAAUGUGAGUUAUGGGAUUGAACCUCUGCAAAACAGCUCCAAUUUUGAGCACAUCUUUUAUCGAAUGGAUGAUGCCCACAAAGAGCCUCUGAAAUGUGGAGUUUCCAAUAAAGACAUUAAGGAGGAAACCAAAAAGAAUGAAGAGGAAGAGCCUCCUAGCAUCACUCAGCUACUCCGAAGAAGAAGAGCUGUCCUGCCACAGACCCGAUAUGUGGAGCUGUUCAUUGUUGUAGACAAGGAAAGGUAUGACAUGAUGGGACGAAAUCAGACAGCAGUGAGAGAAGAAAUGAUUCGUUUAGCAAACUACUUGGAUAGCAUGUAUAUUAUGUUAAAUAUUCGAAUUGUGCUAGUUGGACUGGAGAUUUGGACAAAUGGAAACCUGAUCAACAUAAUCGGUGGUGCUGGUGAUGUGUUGGGGAACUUUGUGCAGUGGCGGGAAAAGUUUCUUAUCACACGUAGGAGACAUGACAGUGCACAACUAGUUUUGAAGAAAGGUUUUGGUGGGACUGCAGGAAUGGCAUUUGUGGGAACAGUGUGUUCAAGGAGCCACGCAGGCGGAAUUAAUGUGUUUGGGCAAAUUACAGUGGAGAUAUUCGCAUCCAUUGUUGCUCAUGAGUUGGGCCAUAACCUUGGAAUGAAUCAUGAUGAUGGCAGAGAUUGUUUUUGUGGUGCAAAGAGCUGUAUCAUGAAUUCAGGAGCAUCAGGUUCUAGAAACUUUAGUAAUUGCAGUGCAGAGGACUUUGAGAAGUUAACUUUAAAUAAAGGAGGAAACUGCCUUCUUAAUAUUCCAAAGCCUGAUGAGGCUUAUAGUGCUCCUUUCUGUGGUAAUAAAUUGGUGGAUCCUGGAGAAGAGUGUGACUGUGGGACUCCAAAGGAAUGUGAAUUAGACCCUUGUUGUGAAGGAAGUACUUGUAAGCUCAAAUCAUCUGCUGAAUGUGCAUAUGGUGACUGUUGUAAAGACUGUCGGUUUCUUCCAGGUGGUACUUUAUGCCGAGGAAAAACGAAUGAAUGUGAUGUUCCAGAAUAUUGCAAUGGUUCUUCUCAGUUCUGUCAGCCAGAUGUUUUUAUUCAGAAUGGAUAUCCUUGCCAGAAUAACAAAGCCUAUUGUUACAAUGGCAUGUGCCAAUAUUAUGAUGCUCAAUGUCAAGUCAUCUUUGGUUCAAAGGCCAAGGCUGCCCCAAAAGAUUGUUUCAUUGAUGUGAAUUCUAAAGGUGACAGAUUUGGCAAUUGUGGUUUCUCUGGCAACGAAUACAAGAAGUGUGCCACUGGGAAUGCUUUGUGUGGAAAGCUACAAUGUGAGAAUGUACAAGGCAUGCCGGUAUUUGGAAUUGUGCCUGCUCUUAUUCAGACUCCCAGUAAAGGCACUACAUGUUGGGGUGUGGAUUUCCAGCUGGGGUCAGAUGUUCCAGAUCCUGGGAUGGUGAAUGAAGGCACAAGAUGUGAUGUUGGAAAGAUAUGUAGAAACUUCCAAUGUGUAAAUGCUUCUGUUCUGAAUUAUGACUGUGAUAUUCAGAAAAAGUGUCAUGGACAUGGGGUAUGUAAUAGCAAUAAGAAUUGUCACUGUGAAGAUGGCUGGGCACCCCCAAACUGUGAAACUGCAGGAUACGGAGGAAGUGUGGACAGUGGACCUACGUAUAAUGAAAAGAAUACUGCAACGAGAGAUGGACUUCUGGUAUUCUUCUUUGUAAUUGUUCCCCUUAUUGUUUUUGCUGCUUUUGCCUUCAUCAAGAGAGAUCAACUACGGAGAAGCUGCUUCAGAAAGAAGAGAUCACGAACAUAUGAAUCAGAUGGCAAAAAUCAAGCAAAAGUUUCUAGACAGCCAGUGAGUGUUCCUCGACAUGUUUCUCCAGUGACUCCUCCCAGAGAAGUUCCCAUAUAUGCAAACAGAUUUCCAGGACCAAAUUAUGCAGCCAAGCAGUCUCAGCAGUUUCCAUCAAGGCCUCCUCCACCUCAACCGAAAGUAUCACCACAGGGAAAUUUCAUUCCUGCUCGUCCUGCCCCUGCACCUCCUUUAUAUAGCUCCUUCACUUGAUUUUUUUUUUUUUUUUACACCUUUCUUUUGCAGAUAUCUUCAGGGAACUGAGAUAAUUUUUAUUUUCCUGAUAUUUUCUUGAACAGCCUUUUUUCCUGCUGCAACUAUGAAUGAACACUAAUUACCACAAAACAAAGUUUACUAACACAGGAAAAGAGAAAUUGAGUAGUAGGAAUUGAGGGAUAUAAGAAAUGCAGUAAAACCAGGGAAUUUAGAAUAACAUUUCCACUUCUGUCAUUGAAUAAAUUUUUUUUGUCAUCUGUGAGGUUAAUAUACUUGAUAUGGAUUGUUAUUUUGAUUCUCAAAUUGACUCUUGGUUUAAGUUUUCUCAUUGUGUAUUUCAAUGUAAUUCUGAAUUUUGAUCUUAGUUAUUAUUAAUGUAGUUUCUGGUUGAACAUGUGGUAAUCUAAUUUCUAUGAAUGCUGACUAAUUAGUUCCCAAUAAUAUUUAAUACUUUUCAUCUUGCGGAGAUUAAUAAUCAUCAUACACUAGAAUCUUGUCUAUCUCAUUUAUAACAUGAAUAAAUUAAUAUUCUAUCUUCAGAAGAAUGCAAAAAACCCACAAUUAAGAUAUACAUUAUUUUGAAAUUACAGAAUCCACCAAAAGUGUAUAUGUGGGUAUUCAAACACAGUUAAUAUUUUCCACUUUUAUGAUCAUUCUAUGGGUAAAUGGUUUAAUAGAUUCUAUGAAUAAUAGAAUCUAUGGAUCUAUCUAUGGAUAAUGAAUAUUAGAUAAGUUAAUUUAAUAGUAGAAUUUCUAUUUUGAAUCAUGUUAAAGCAUGGCAUCCUUUUACAAUAGCAUUAUUUUAAAUAAAUUAUAAACUUUAAGGUACGAAAUAUUUAAUAGAGCUAAUUAGAUAUCCUUUUGAUUCAUGGUAUAAUAAAGCAGGAGCAAUUAUAAUAUCUUCAGUCAAUUGAGCUGUCAUAAACCACUUGAGAAUUUUAUGAGCACUUUACGUUUAAAAUCUGAAUUUUCAAAGCUUGUUAUUAAUAUAAUUUAGAAUGUUUACAUUUACUAAGGUGUGCUGGAUCAUGUCUCUUGAUACUAACAUUUUCAAAGAAAUUGGGCUGGAGAAAGGAAGAAAAAAAUUUCUUAGAUAAGUAUAAAAAAGUUUGUGUGGUGUCUGUAAGUUAUCACCCCAGCUUUGUUAAAAAUUGAAUUUUUACUAUGGAAGAAAUGGCAUGAAUGGUAAAAUUUUAAACACUUAAAAUUUUUUCAUGACCUUUCAUAAUAAAGUUUAAUAAUAGGUUUAUUA